UUGUAUCAUAAUCACCACGUGUUCGGCGCUAGUGUAUAAAAAUGGCACUUGUACGCCGUGUUAAUAAUAGUUUUGGUUUUGUAUUAAAUACAAUUCAUUGUAAAUGUAUAGUAAACAUAAAAGGACUAAAAAGGGAAUCCGAUAUUAUGAGAUAUUCGAAUCUUGCUGGUGCAGAAAUAUUGGACAGGGAUUAUCGGACAUUUGCACAAAUGAUUAAAUUCAGACAAACUGAAGCAAAAAAAUCUGUUAUAAUAAAGAUAUCUGAAGUCGGUCAUAUUGAACAUCUUAAAAAAUUUUGUGAAUAUUAUGCAAAAAUUGUAAAUGUUUUUCCUUAUAAUACAAUAGAUAAUAACAGAUUUGUGUUAAUGGAAUGUAGUUCCCAAAAGGAUGUGGAAGCUCUUAGAAAUAUAGCUGUGUGUAAAGCAGAUCCAGAAUAUGCUCAUUCUGUGACACCGUUCUUCUUAUAUAAGCCACGAGUUAAAUUAUCAAAUCAGAACACAUUAAAUAAAGAUAGUUAUGAAUAUCACUCUAAUUUUGUGACUCCAAAUUUAAAUAAAAUCAAUCAAUCGUUGAAGAAAAUACAAUCUGUGUCAAAUCAAAUGAUAUUUCUCUAUGAUACAUUAAGAAUUACAGAAUUAAACAUAAGACUGAGGUUCUAUACUGCUACACAAAUUUCAUAUUAUUUAUCUCAAUUAUUUGUCAACCUGUCUGUGGUACCAUUUGGAUCCUCUGUUAAUGGAUUUGGACAAAUAGGAUGUGAUCUUGAUUUACUAUGUAAAACUAAUAUACCUUCUAAUGACACAUCUGGCUGGAAAAAGUUUCUUUUUCUGACACAAAUUGUCCCAUUUACAGACAGAGUUGAACAAAAACACUUUUUAGAUGUAAUAGGUACAAUAAUAAAAACAUGUAUGCCUGGUGUCACUGAUGUAAAAAAGAUUCUUGAAGCACGAGUACCUAUAAUUAAAUUUCGUAACUUAAAUACAAAUAUGCAAUGUGAUCUUUGCAGUACAAACAUGACUGCGUUACACAUGUCCGAGUUGCUAUAUUUGUAUGGACAAUUAGACUGGCGCGUUAAACCACUUGUCUUCACCAUUCGUAAGUGGGCAAGAAGUAUGAAUUUAACAAAAGAAAAUCCAGGUCAAUGGAUAACAAACUUUUCUCUUACUUUGUUAAUUUUAUUUUAUCUACAAACGAAACAUAUAUUACCCUCUUUAUCUUCAAUAAAAAUCUUCCGUGACAAAAGCAACACAAUCGACAAUUUCGAUUGGUUUUUGAAAUGGAAGAAUUCUGUGUCCAAUAACGAUGAAAGUUUAUCCAAACUUUUAUUCGAAUUCUUUGAAUAUUACUGCUUUUUCGAUUUUAAAACGCAUGCACUUUGCUUAAGAGAUGGAAUUACCAAAUUGAAAAAAGAUGCGUCGCCUCUUUAUAUUUAUAAUCCAUUUAACCCAUCAUUAAAUGUCAGUAAAAACGUAACACUUUCGGAACUGUUGCGUUUGGUAGGACAUUUUCAAAGAGCAUCUCAAAUAAUGUUAAAUUCAACUGAGCAAGACACACUUGUAAAAUUAAUUAAUUUCGAUUCGAACUCGACAAUUAAUGGAUUUAACAGGAAAAAUAAAUUAGAGUUGAUUAGUGAAAAAUUUAUUCCAAAUGUAACCAAUACUAAUAACUUGCAAAAAAUAGAAAAGAAUAUAAUAAAAUAA